AUGGAAUCCGCAUUCUUCCAAAAAAUUUUUACGCCCAAUGCCUCGAAAUUCUUUCAACUGGUGCAUCAAGGCACGAAUCGAAAGAUGUCCAAUUUUCGCAAGAGAUCCGCUAAACCUCUUUGGUCAAAAAUUAUUGGGCUUGAUAAAGAUGGACCGAUAAAAGAUCGUCGAAAGAGGAAAUCUAACAAAGCCCUCCGAGAAUGUAACAGACAUCUCGUUUUGCCAUUCUAUGAUGACGACAUACUAUGCGGUCAAGCCUCACAAUCAUUGUCGACGCCGAGUGACGGUGUGGUGCCCAAAGGCACAAGGGUUCCAACGUUUCCUUCUUUCAAUUUACCGCCUCCAAUGAAAACCAAUCACCUGAAGCACGAUUACGCAAGUCAAAUAUUAUCUUGCCAGUUGGGAGGCGUUGGAACGCCUUUACACAAAAUCUUUCAUCCGUCGAUUGAUAAGACCAUGUCGUGUAUUAUUGAGUUUAAAAAGUCUGGUUACACCAGAGCGAGCGGGAAGGCGGGAAGAGGUGGUCUUUUUUUAUUUUCUUACCUAAAUCGUCCAAACCUUCCAUCUCCAAUGUACCUCUGGCCUCCAAAAUCAAGCUUGGCACCUUCUCGCUCACCUCUUUUUGUCUCGCAUACAGAAAGAAAUAAAACCAUCGACCGAGACGAUCCGCCGAUUACUGGCCUUCGAACCGCCUUAGCUGCCUGCUUGCUUGCCACAAUGUCAUGA